AACGAAACCAGGCGAACUCUUCAGCUCUCCUCGACGCUGAUUCCCACUCGACAGGCCUCCUCCUCAGAUCAAGCUUCAAAUCUACUUGCUCCAGAUUUACACUCCUCCGCCAUUAACACAAGAUGGAUGCAAAAAAUUUAGACCUUGAGGAUCAUGCUUCUUGGCCUGAGGCUAUUGAAUCGUAUUUUAUUAGUCUCUUGUAUGAAGAGGCCAAAAAAGGAUUGCAAACUAGAACCUUGGACAAAAAAGGGUGGCUAAAAAUAGAAAAUGACAUAUUUAGUACAUUUGGAAAGAGAUACAAAAUAGAUAAAUUGAAAUCAAAAUUCAAUCGGUUGAGAAAGGCAUAUCGAGAAUUUUCUCAUCUUUUGGAACAAAAUGGAAUGGAAUGGGAUUCUCAAACAAGUACUGUUACAGCAAGUGAUGAAGUUUGGGAUGCUUAUCUAAAGAAAUAUCCAAAUGCAAAGAGAUAUCGAAAAAAAGGGUUGCAACAUUAUGAGAUGCUUGGAGAAAUAUUCACUAACACAACAGCUACCGGUGGGAUGAGUUGCACCUCCACUCAACCUCCACCUAUUUCAGUUGAGGAACAUGAACAAGAGCGGCAUUAUAUUGACACUGGAGCACAUGUUGAUGAUGGUAUUGAAUGCGAUGGUGAAAAUUUUGGAGAGGAAGAAGAAGUUACUGGUGUACGUCGUCGAGCUACUUCUGUUCCACUUGAUGCACCAAGACCAAAGGAGAAAAAGAACAAAGGGACUAAUUCUAUCAUUGAACAUGUGAUGGAGGAACUUGCAAAAAGUAUAGCUGCUAAAACUGAGGCAUCACUUGUACAAAGUGAAAGUAUGGGUAAGUAUAUUGAUACAAGGGAGAAGAUAAUCAAUGGAAAAUCAAGCAAUAUCACUAGUUCAUGUAAUGUGGAAGACUGUCAAAAUAUUCUAGAUGGUAUUCCGAAUUUAGAUGACAGAAAAUACAUCAAAGCAUUACGUGAGUUUGUUGCGAAUCCAGAAUGGCGUGGAAUAUUUAUGAGAAUGAAUGAUCAACGUCGUCGUGCAUAUCUUGAUUCACUAUUGGAGUGAUUUCUUACCAUUUUCUUUCUAUGACUUUUCUUUGUCUUGAACUACUGAACAAUGUUGUAAUGAAGGUGACUUGGUGUUUGUUUUUAUAAUUGAGCUAUCUUAUGUUUUUAUUUA